AUGGAUGCUUACUCGAUAUGUUGCACUAGCCCUGCCGCUAGGCACACAUCCAAGAUCUACCAGGAUCUCUGGUCUACCCGUCCACAUACUCGGGUUGGGUAUGAUCAAGAUAAGAUCUUGAAGAAAUUGAUCACCAUGGAUAGUUUGAAACAGCGUUGGGGUGGUGAUCAGACCUCAAAGCCACACAUUGGUGUAAUCGGUGCUGGUCUUGCUGGUCUUCGGUGUGCAGAUAUUCUCGUUCAGAAUGGCUUCAGAGUCACUAUCAUUGAGGCUAGGAAUCGAGUUGGUGGCCGCUUGCAUCAAGAGGUCCUUCCAAAUGGCCACUUGGCUGAUGUCGGUCCCAAUUGGAUUCAUGGAACCAACGACAACCCAAUGCUAGAUCUGGCCAAGCAAACGAAUACUGCCAUCAGCGACUGGGAGUCAACGUCUUGUGUCUUUGACGAGUCUGGCGAGCUCUUGUCCCUCAAAGAUGGUGAAAAAUACUCCACUAUCAUGUGGGAUAUUAUCCAGGACGCCUUCAAGCACUCCAAUAGCAACUCGUCAGCCAUCGAUUCGAAAGAAAGUCUUCACGACUUCUUUGUUCAAAAGGUCGCGGAGAGGGUGCCUGAUACUGAAGCCGACCACGAAAGGAUACGAAGCAUUGUCAUGCAAAUAUCUGAGAUGUGGGGUGCUUUUAUCGGAAGUCCUGUCUAUAGACAAAGUCUGAAGUUCUUUUGGUUAGAAGAGUGUAUAGAAGGAGAGAAUCUAUUUUGUGCCGGCACAUACAAGAAGGUUCUUGACGAAGUUGCGAAACCCGCUCUUGGGGGAGCCGAGAUCAAGUUCCAGACCAAGGUAGAUAGGAUAUCAUAUCGAUCAAAUCCUGAGGAAAAGGCCAAGGUCACAACAGAGAGCGGCCAGACACUCGAGUUUGACGAAGUUGUUGUCACUGCACCCCUUGGCUGGCUGAAACGAAACCUUGACGCUUUUGAGCCUGCGCUACCUGCUCGAAUGACCAAGGCAAUCGAUGCCAUUGGUUACGGAUGCCUUGAGAAGGUCUACAUCAACUUUCCCAACCCUUACUGGCUCGGUACAGAAGGUAGCAGCCGAAAAGCAGAGGGUUUUGUGCAAUGGCUCUCACCAAAUUACGUUCCUGAUCUGAACCCGAGACGAUGGAAUCAAGAGGUCGUGGAACUUGCUAGCCUGGACCCAACAGUUUCACAUCCAACACUUCUCUUCUACACAUACGGCGAGCAGUCGCAGUAUAUUACGAGCGAGCUACUGAAGAUACCGGAUCCCCAGAAAAAGGAUGCGUUCCUCCUCAACUUCUUUAAACCAUAUUACUCACGACUUCCGCAUUACUCGGAUAGUAACCCUGACUGCAAGCCGUCUGGCUUUAUGGCUACAGAUUGGCUUCACGAUGAGCUGUCAGGAUUCGGAAGUUAUAGUAAUUUCCAGGUUGGUUUAGAAGAAGGUGAUGCUGAUAUCCGGACAAUGCGAGAGGGUUUGCCGGAUCAUGGAUUGUGGCUGGCAGGCGAGCACACUGCGCCGUUUGUUGGCCUAGGCACGGCGACUGGAGCCUACUGGAGCGGUGAGGCUGUUGGUAAGAGAAUAGCGGAGGCUUAUUAUGGACGAUCCAAGUAA